AUGUAGAACAAUAAUAAACAAGUUAGAGAAUCUUGGAAGAUGUCUUUAAUUAAUAAAUUUGGUUUAACUGAAGUCAUUGAACAUAAUCUAAUUUUUUAACCACCAAAACCAACUUAUCAAAUAAAAAAUAGUUUAGAUUUUAAUGGAUUAGAAUUCAGUAUGCAAGUUAAUGAUAAUUGGAUUGAUUUAAAUUAAUGUUACAAUCUUCAAUAUAGAGUUUCCAUUUUAAAAGAAGUUGAAAAUAAUGUAAUUGUAUCAUAUGUUCCUAUAAUUCAUUAUUCAUGUAAUUCAGAUAGAGUCAUCAUCUUAUCUCAUAGUAAUGCAAUAGAUUUAGCUUAAUCAUCUAGAUGGGGUGCCAAAAUUUGUGAAUUAUACUAAGUUGAUGUGAUUUGUUAUGAUUAUUCAGGAUAUGGAAUCACAAAAAAAACUAUGAAACCAUCAGAGUAUUUUUAUUAUCUAAUAGAUAUGGCAUAUCAAGAGAUCUCUCUAAUGUUCUGGCACUUGCUUAACAUUUAUAUGAUUACAUAUUUUUAUGGGGAUACUCCAUAGGUUCUUAUCCUACUGUUGAAGUUGCAACAUAAUUUUAACUUUCUGGAAUCAUUCUAUAAGCUCCAUUAGCAUCAUUAGGAAGAAUCAUAGACAAUCGAAAUUCUUUCUAUUCAGAACAUGAUAAGUUUUCUAAUUAAUCUAUCAUUAAUAAAGUCACUGCUCCAAUCCUCAUCUUUCAUGGUACCAAAGAUACCAUUAUUAAAAUUAAUCAUUCUGAAUAAUUAUCAAAAAGUUGUUAGAAUUUAUUUGCAUUCAUUAAAGUAGAAGGAGCUAAUCAUAAUGAUAUUGGAAUUGCUGCUGAAACAUAAGAUUCAGAAGUAUAUAAAUAUAUAAAAGAACUACUUAAUAAUUCAAAUAUUCUACCUCUUAAUAAAGUAUUUGAAUUAUAAUUAAAAUUUGAUAAUCUUAUCAUUCUUGAUUAAAUUGAAGAAUCAAAAAUGUAUAAAAGUAAUCUACCAAUUUAAGAAAAGAAGGAAAUCAAAAAACAUAAUGAUAGAUAAGGUUGUUCAUUAUUUUGUACAAAAUUUUGA